UUCAGAUUUCAUUACAACUAGAUUUAGAUAACUGCAAAAUUACAGACAACAUAGAGAGGGAAGGAGAGACAGAAAGAGAGAGAAAGAGAGGGUGACCGUUUGAACGGCCACCUCCAUCUCCACCUCAACGUACCUGGCUGUCCACUCCUCUGUCAUUCUUUUCCCUUUCACCCUAUUUUCUUCUUUUCCUCCACUUAUCCAAAAAAAAACAUCAUCAAAAGAACAACAAUCUGGGUUAAGAAAAAACAAAACCAACCAAACUUUUUUAUGCUUCUUUUUAAUAAUCUCUCAAUGUCACCACCACGUUAGAAAAACGAUCAUUCUUUUUAAUUUAUUAAUUUUUAUUAUUAUUAUUAUUUGUGUUGUUUUUGUUGAUGUCAAAGUUGAACCGUUGAAAAUUUUUCAACAAAGAGAGAAAGAAGAAGAAGAAAAUGCAGCACAAUAUAUUUGCUUCAAUGCGUAGUUUAAAGAUCAUGGACGGUUGCAAAGGCUCUCAGGUUUACUCUAUCCACAACCCUUCUUCCACCGCCACCGCCGGUUCCGGAACCGCCGGUGGAGGAAUUGGUGAAAAGCUUCUUCAACAGCUUCACGAUCAUAUUAAAAGUCAAACGUUUCGAAGCAAAUCAGUUCGUGUUUUUCAAUCACCUAAUCGGACAUCAUCCGAGGUUGUCGUUGAAGGUUCAGGUUCUCUUCUUCCUUAUGGACUUCCUAUGUCAGACAUUUUGGAGCCCAAAAUUGAUCCAGUUUUGAGGCCGGUUAAUUUGGUUGAAAGGUUGACUGGUUUGUAUAAUAAGAUUGAGAAUUGUUCGGAGUUUGAUAGGUCUGAGGUUUAUUUGGAGCAUUGUUCGGUUUUUAAGGGGUUGUCUGAUGCGAAAUUGUUUCGCCAGAGUUUGAGGUCAGCACGGCAGCAUGCUGUGAAUGUACAUACGAAAGUCGUGCUGGCCUCGUGGCUCCGAUAUGAGAGGAGGGAGGACGAGCUGGUUGGCUGGUCUUCGAUGGAUUGUUGUGGUAGGAAUAUUGAAUGUCCUAAGGCUACUUUGGUGGCAAAUGGGUAUGAUCCCGAGUUGGUUUUUGAUGUUUGUUGUUGUUCUCGUGAUUGUGAGGAUGAGGGCGACGGCGGGGACGAGGAUGAGGAUGAGGAGGAUUUUAUGACAUUUGUUGGUCAACAAUGUUCUACCUCGUAUGAGGAUGAUGAAGAUUGGGAUAUGUCGUUUUGUAUUGAUGAUGAUGAGAUUAGGUGUUGUAGAUUCAAUAUGGCUUCGCUUUCGAUCCCGUUUAAGACAAUGUUGUACGGUGAAUUCGUAGAAUCAAGGAGGGAGAAGAUAAAUUUUUCAAGGAAUGAGUUUUCUGUUGAGGUAAUGAAGGCGGCCGAGGUUUUUAGUAGGACUAAAAGUUUGAGCACGAUCAAACCUAAUGUAGUCUUAGAGUUGCUUUCUUUGGCGAACCGGUUUUGUUGUGAGGAGAUGAAGUGUGCUUGCGACGUGCAUUUGGCGUCGCUUGUUUGUGAGUUGGAAGACGCCUCGUUGCUCAUUGAGUAUGGGCUUGAAGAGACGGCGUACCUUUUGGUUGGGGCUUGCUUGCAGAUUUUUCUGAGGGAGCUACCCGGUUCGAUGCAGUGUUUGAGUUUUGUGAAAUUGUUUUGUAGUCCGGUCGGUAGGGAUAGGCUUGCUAUGGCAGGGCAUGCGUCGUUCAUGCUUUAUUAUUUCUUGAGUCAGGUUGCCAUGGAGGAAGAGAUGAGGUCAAACACAACCGUGAUGCUGUUGGAGAGAUUAGUCGAGUGUGCAAAAGACGGAUGGGAGAAGCAACAAGCAUUUCAUCAAUUAGGUGUUGUUAUGUUUGAGAGAAAAGAAUACAAAGAUGCACAACAUUGGUUUGAGUCAGCGGUGGAGGCAGGUCAUGUUUAUUCUUUAGUUGGAGUUGCGAGGGCGAAAUACAAACGAGGUCAUACAUAUGCGGCGUAUAAGUUGAUGAACUCGCUUAUCAAUGAUUAUAAACCUGUUGGAUGGAUGUAUCAGGAAAGAUCUUUGUAUUGCAUUGGGAAGGAGAAAAUGAUGGACUUGAUCUCUGCAACCGAAUUAGAUCCAACGCUUUCGUUUCCUUACAAAUACCGAGCUGUUUCUUUACUAGAGGAGAACAGGAUUGGACCUGCCAUUACAGAAAUAAACAAAAUAAUCGGUUUCAAAGUUUCUCCUGACUGCCUUGAAUUGAGGGCUUGGUUCUUAAUAGCCAUGGAAGAGUACGAAGCAGCACUUAGAGAUGUUCGGGCUAUUUUGACAUUGGAUCCGAAUUAUAUGAUGUUCUACGGGAAUAUGCAUGGCAAUCACUUGGUACAACUACUCGGUCCUGUUGUUCAACAGUACAAUCAGGCUGAUUGCUGGAUGCAAUUGUACGACCGGUGGUCCUCUGUUGACGAUAUUGGUUCGUUGGCUGUUGUACACCAGAUGUUGGAAAACGAUCCAGGGAAAAGCCUUUUGUGUUUUCGGCAAUCUCUCCUUUUGUUACGGCUAAAUUGUCAAAAAGCAGCGAUGCGUAGUUUGCGGCAGGCUAGAAAUCAUUCGACUUCUGACCAUGAAAGGCUUGUCUAUGAAGGAUGGAUACUCUACGACACCGGUCAUCGUGAAGAAGCGUUAGCAAAGGCCGAGGAGUCCAUUUCUAUUCAAAGAUCAUUUGAAGCUUACUUUCUCAAAGCUUAUGCAUUAGCCGACACAAGUCUCGAUUCGGAGUCCUCGAAGUAUGUUAUCCAUCUCUUGGAGGAAGCUCUUAGAUGUCCUUCAGACGGUCUUCGGAAAGGACAAGCACUAAAUAAUCUUGGAAGCGUCUACGUAGAUUGUGAUAAAUUGGACCUUGCAGCUGACUGCUAUAUGAAUGCACUCAACAUCAAGCAUACGAGAGCACAUCAGGGCCUGGCACGUGUAUAUCAUCUUAAAAAUCACCGCAAAGCCGCAUACGAUGAAAUGACAAAGCUAAUAGAAAAGGCUUGGAACAGCUCAUCGGCUUACGAGAAACGGUCGGAAUAUUGUGAUCGUGACAUGGCAAAGAGUGAUCUUAGCCUGGCAACCCAGUUGGAUCCUCUAAGGACUUAUCCUUACAGAUAUAGGGCAGCAGUUUUAAUGGAUGAUCAUAAGGAAGCAGAAGCAAUUGAGGAACUUUCAAAAGCCAUUGAAUUCAAGCCAGAUCUGCAACUCUUACAUCUUAGAGCAGCGUUUUACGAUUCAAUGAAUGAUUUCGCUUCUACUGUCCGAGACUGUGAAGCAGCCCUUUGUCUUGAUCCUGGCCACGCCGAGACUCUUGAGCUUUGUAAUAAAGCACGGGAGCGGAUUAAGGAACAAAAGUGAGAAAACCUGAUAUUUAAAAAGAAUCCAUGUUUUUUCCGGAGUGUUCCCCUAUGGACACAAGCGUAUUCUUGCCAAACUGUACUUUUUCUAAAACACAAAGAACCAGUAAUCAUCAAUGCCAUUUAGCGAAUGUUUGAAUUCACGGCGAGUUUGACAUAAUCAUGGUGUCAAUCGGAUUGCCUAUAUCUUUUGAACUGGUCUUCUGGAAACAGGACUACAGAAAGGAAAAGAAAAGUUUAGUAAACUCGUUUCGGUCGAAACAGAAAGGGAAAGUAGAGAAGCAGAAUAACUUGUAAAUAUAUGUAACGACACGGCUUGUGUUUUUGUCCUACGAUGCUUAAGUAGUAGUGCACGCAGUUGCAACUGUUAUGUCGACUCCGUGCCGCAUCAGCGAGAAUGGCGAGGUAUUCCUUUUGUUAGUCAAAACAUGUACAUGGAAAUUCAAUUUAUGCAAGUUCAAGAUUUAGAUAUUUACUACCAUUGUAUUUUUGGCUGAGCAAUUGUUUAUUCACAUCGUGUUGUAACAUUUCUCACUUCUCUGUUGUAUAAAACAAAUUUUUUGCUGGCGAA